UCUUAGAUCGGAUAACAGGUCCAAUUGUCGCGUUAAAUUUUCCAAAAAACUCGCCAACGUAGACUUCUCUCAAAAGGUUAAACAAGGGGAGUUCUCCAAGAGUCUCAAUCAAGUUCAUUUCGCCGAAGGACAGGAUCAAGGAUUUCCGCAUUUUUAUAAACCUGGCCAGACACCGCGCCAUCCAAGAAUGACGUCGAUGUUUCGAAGGGGCACCAUAUUCGCAACUUUUUUUCUCUCGUUACUCGGUGGUGGAUUGGUCUGUGCUGCUCUUGUUACGCAACACUGGGUCGAGGCUCGACCCUGGAGGACACCGAAUCCUCAGGAGAGUGCAGGAAGAGUCCAUUUGGGUUUGUUGCAAGGUAAAAAGGAAUUGAACGUUGCUUAUGGCUGGAGGACCUAUCACGUAUCAGUACCUCAAAUGUUACGACAAGAUCCAACAGUGAUGUCCUGGGGACUUUGGAUAGGAACUUUAACUGCUACUUCUGCUGCGUUGAUAACUGCUGCCUUUGCCGCACUUUUAGCUGUGCUAAACACGGCAACCUCACCGAGAUCUAAAGCUCUCUCUGUACCUGGAGUUUAUUUUAUAAACAUUUUAGCGUUGAUAAUGUGUAUAACGAGUGUUGGUACAUGGUUAGCACAAUAUUACACGAGGCUAUACGUCAAUGUCCUACCAAAGGAAGACAUCGAUAAUAUGUGGACCAGUGAAGGUUCGGCCGAACUUGGUUACUCAUUCUGGCUCGUUGCAACCGCUGCUGUUGUACAUCUUAUUAGUAUCGCAUUAGUCGGUUGGGGUUCCGGAAGAGAAAAAGACAAUAAUUUGGAACCGAUUCCUGCAUUGGAGGAAAAAACUGCCGCAGCAAUAAUGCUCUAUUAGUUUUUUUUUUUUUUUUUUUAAUACCGAACAAAUGCGCAGUGUAAUAUUUCUAUUUUUUAAAGAAGGUAUGUAUGAGAGAAAGAAAGAGAGAGAGAGAGAGACAGAGGAUAUCUAAAUGCAUUCACAAAAUUAUAUUCCAAAAGUUCCUAAGAGUAGGUAUUUUUCUUGCCACGUGUAUUAUCCACGUUGAAGAUUAUGAAAUUAUAUCGUAAAGUAUAGAAUGGCUGUAUGUCUGUAAAAUGUACUUUUUUGUUUCUUUUUCUACGAGGCACGUAGAGCCGAUCUCUUGCCGAAUGAGAGAGAGAGAGAGAGAUUGUGAAAUUGCUAUUUUCAGAAUGACAGUUAUGUGACACACGUCAAUUAACAGUAAAUCCUAAUUAAUUGAUGAUUCUGUUAUUAUCAAUGGUCUAAUAUGUAUUUUUUUCGUACAUAAUGUUUAAUUGUAAAUGCUUUAAAUUUGGAAGCUGAUCACCGUGAACAUUCGAUCAAACAAAGAUUAAUGACGAAUGUUAGUUUGUAUAUAUAUGUCUAUAUACAUACAUAUAUAUAUAGCUUUAACUUAGUCCAAUGUGAUCCUUUUUUCAAAUGAAUAUAAUAGUCGUAUAUCAAAAAAAGAUACUCAAUAACUUCAUAUGUAUGUCCAGAUCUAUACUAUAAUUAAAUAUUUUAUUUAAUAGGUGAUCAGAGGAUCUGAGCCACUACUUAUUUCAUUAUAAUUUUAUAUUCAAAUAUGAUCUGGCUGAUGCAUUUUUUAUUUUUUUUAUUAUUAUUAUUAUUUUUUUUAAUUGCAAUAUAUAUAUACCAAUAGCAAGCACUAUUUUAUUGAAAUGUUUUUGUAGUGCGAUGCUAUAUGUUGUAAAUAGACACGAGGAGAUGAAGUUUUUAUCGAUAUAUUUAUUAUGCAAUACCUAAGUGUUUUAGUAUACUCUUUCAGGCGUAACAAUUAUUGCAUUUUCCAUUCUAGUUAAUAAUACAAUACGACAAUAAAGAUGUAGACGCGAUAUAGGACUUGUUUUUUCUUCCUGUAUGUUUCGGUUACUUCUUUUUUUUUAAUUAAGAUUCAUUGUGUCGUUAAUAGUUAACGCCAAUCGUUCUCUUACAAGAGAACAAAACUUGAUAACUAUUAAAUCUAAAAAAUAAACGUAGUCUGCAUAUUAUUUGUAUAUGUUA